AGGAUGAUCGUGAAAAAUGAAAUGGAGCAUUUGACUGGUGGCUGGGUGUGUCUAGAGAAUGACACGUACUGUGCCAACAUUGGCCAAAUAAGAUCUUUCACAAAAGAAAGGUUUCCUGUUCUCAAACAAACACCAUCAUCAAAGCAACAUUCUUAUUCAACCCAAACUCGUUAACCGAAUCUUUCCUUCUCUCUCACACUGCCACCCUCUCUCUCUCUCUCUCUGCAAAAUUCUUCAAAUCAGUCCUUUAUACUUUACCGGGAUCUGGGUUUCCUUUAUUUUGGCGGAAAAAGCAGAGGUUGUCUUUCACACACAUACACAAAGAUAUAAAAUUCACCUGAUUUGAAGCAAAAGUUCUUGAAUGUGCUUCAGUCACUGAGUUAGUCAGAUUCUCAUUGUAGGUCCCAGAUCUUGAAGUGGGCAUCUUUGAUUGGAUAUUGUUAAUUUAUUUAUGCCAUUAUUGCGCACAUUCUUAGAAUUCAUUAAAAUUGCUGUGAAGUUCUGAGUUUUAUUUAUAUUAUAUGAGUAUGUAACCCAGAUCCUGAAAAUGAGUUUUUGAUAUCUGAUUUUGGGCAUUCUGCAAAUUUGGAAACAAACAAACCGAAGUUGGGUUUUGCCUUUUUUUCUUCUUAUUUUGGGUGGGAAAUAGAUGGCUCAUCCACCAGACCACGGGUUUUGUACUAAUGGUGUUGUGAGGCUGGUUUUUGUUUUAGUGGCAGUGUGUUUGGUUGGGUACACCAUACGUCCAUCUUUGCACUGGAGCUUGAAGGAGAAAGGUUCAUGCCCUCAGUGUCCUUGUGAUUGUUCAAAAGAUUUCGACCCUAUACCUGUAGAUAUUAUCAAUAGCUCAUUUUCAGAUUGUGGUAAACAUGAACCAGAAGUGAAAGAGGAAAUGGAGAAGGAUAUCAUAGCCUUGAUGUCGGAGGAGCUAAGUUUGCAGCAAACUGUAGCGAACGAAACCUUGCAACGGACCGAUGCAUUGUUGAUGGGUGCAAGGAGAGUCUCUUUGCACUACCAAAAAGAGGCAGAAAAAUGCAAUGCAGGAGUUGAAACAUGUGAAGAAGCAAGGGAGAGGGCUCAAGCAGAACUUGUAGAAGAGCUUAGGCUUUCAGAAGUAUGGGAGAGACGAGCUAGGGAGCUUGGAUGGACAGAUAAUUCUUGAAUCAAGGCAUUACCAAUAUUUUUCUUUUGUUUUAUGUUUUUCAACUUGGUCAUGUUUGGCCUUCAUUUGCAAGACUGCAUGUACAACUGAUGCUUCGAGGCCUUUCUUGCGGAUAUGAAUACUUUCAGGCUUUUAAUGUUUUAUAGUUUUGAGAAUGAAA